AUGAGACCACGGAGACGGAGUGCGCGGGAAGGAACCCCUAGUGAUAACCGAGAGAGAGAACAGGAAACCUUUAUGGCUACGAUGAACAUUGUAGCUGAGGUAGUGCGUGAGGUUGCGAUGGCUGCUGCUAGGGCUGUUGAGCAUCUCGGAGUGAGAAAUGAAAACCGAAAUGAAAACGGUGAGGAUAAUGGAAACAACGAGGCUGAUUCAACGCAUCUUGAUAAACCCAUGACCCUUGCUACUUUUUUGAAAGUAAAUCCACCCAAGUUCAAAGGUACACUCGUUGCGACUGAUGCUGACAACUGGUUCCGAGGUAUCAAGCGAUCACUACGAGCACAGCAUGUUCCGGAAGGUCAACACGUGGAGUUCGCUACUUAUAUGCUGGAAGGAGAAGCUGAGCAUUGGUGGCAGGGGAUACAGCAACUGUUGCAACAAGAUGAAGAAUAUGCCCGUAAGUUUGAUGACUUGUGCCGUUUCUCCAAGAUUUGUCAACGAAAUCCUACUGACUUUGAAGAAUGGAAGUGUUUGAAGUUCGAAGGGGGCCUUCGUGAGGAUCUGAUGAGUUCAGUAUUUCCAUUAGAGAUACGAAAUUUUGCUGAACUGGUGAAUAAAAGUAAACUAGUGGAAGAACGUUCGAAAAAGGUGGCGAUAGCUCGAGCAGAUCGUAGGGAAGCCUUAGGAAGAGACUUUAUUCAAUAUCUAGCCCCUCAAGGUCGUAACUUUAAGUUCAAUGGUCAGUUUGAUUGCCAAAAUGGGAAUCAACGAAAUGGUAACUUUCUCGCUCGUAACAAUGGCAACUACGAUAACAAUAAUCUGGGAGAGGAAGAAGGAGGUCAAUCUCAGCAAACUCAGGAUAUUUCAGUAUGCUCAAGGUGUGGGAAGGAUCAUGGUAAUAGAGCUUGUAGAUAUGGGACACACACUUGUUUCUCUUGCGGAGAGUAUGGACAUAUAUCGAGGAAUUGCCCAAAAAGGUUUGUUUGA